AUGGAUCGCCUCCCUUGUUCGUUGAGAAAAUCUUUAAAGUCUCACGUUUCCUUUAAAAAACAACGACCAAGAGGAAUCUACGGUAGUAAUGCGGAUGAUGACGAUGAGGAGGAGGACUACCGCCCAAUACUCUUCGCCAACCGCCACCCCGACGACGUCCCGAAUCCCUCCGAUGUGGGCUCCUCCAUCAUGAAGCGUUCUUCCCUCAAUCCCGACGACGACGACCGCCCCGAGGUCAUCGUCAAGAUAGACGGUGAUAACAGCAACAGCAGUACGAGUCGCGGCGUGAUAUGGGAUGACAAUUUGGAAGAUGGAAUUAAAGGGAUCCAACGCAGCAAGAGCAAGAGCAAGAGCAAAAGUAAGGAUGUGAUGGAGGAUCCGCCAUCGAAGUUGAUAGGGCAAUUUUUGAAUAAGCAGAGGGAGGGUGAGAUGUGCCUGGACAUGGACUUGGAGAUGGAUGAGUUGCGUCAUCGUCGUCACAGCGGUAACGACAGCAGUUGUUCUUCCGCACCACCACCAACCGAUCAGCAUCAUCAAAUUCAUCGCACCACAACGUCCAAAGAGCAUAAAGUUCAAUUCCUGCAGGACGGAGCGGGCGGGUGUACAACGCCCCCCAGCAGAGUGGUAGAUAUAAUCGGGGCUGAAUACGAGCAAACCGCAGAGGAUUGCUCAUCCUCAACGUCGGAUGAUGAAGGAGGGGUGAUUGAACAUCGUCAACCUGAAUACAGCAGGAGAAGGACAUCGGGCAUGAUUUCCCCAAAUAUUAAUGAGGGCAGAGAGGAUCAAGUUGUGAGAUGCACUUCUUCGUUCCAGAGGAGGGGUGGUAACUCCUUCGCCGGGAGGAUGACUAAUAAAACAAAGUCCAGGCUAAUGGACGAUCCUAAUGCGUCGGAGAUCAUGAAGGCGUCGGGGAGGUACGGGAAGUCGGUUCCGAUGAGAUCAGAAAUGCUGGGGGUGGGGAAAGGAGGUGGAGGAGGAGGUGGAGGUGGAGGUGGAGGUGGGGGUGAAGAGGAAGAAGAGGAUCCUCUGUUGGAUGAGGAUAUUCCGGAUGAGUUUAAGGAAGCAAAAGUGAACGCUUUGACCCUGGCACAAUGGGCGAGUCUUGUCAUCAUAGUCACGGCUCUCAUUUGCACGCUCAGCAUUGGGAGGCUGAAGGAGAAUAGGCUGAGGGGGCUGAGGCUGUGGAAGUGGGAGGCGCUCAUUCUUGUUCUCAUAUGCGGGAGACUGGUAUCGGGGUGGGCAAUACGGGUGGCGGUGUUCUUCAUAGAGAGGAACUUUCUGUUAAGGAAAAGGCUGCUGUAUUUUGUGUACGGAGUGAGGAAUGCGGUACAGAACUGCAUAUGGUUGGGGCUGGUGCUCAUAGCAUGGCGCUCAAUGUUUGACAGGAAGUUGGAAGCCAAUAAUGAGUUUCUUCAGCUGGUGAAUAAGUUGAUGGUGUGUAUGCUGAUAGGGAUAACACUAUGGCUAGUUAAGACGCUGAUGGUUAAAGUGUUGGCGUCUUCAUUUCAUGUCAGCAAAUUCUUCGAUAGAAUUCAAGAGUCGCUGUUCAACCAGUACGUAAUAGAGACACUGUCGGGGCCAGCCUGGAUUGAGAUACAGUGUCAGCGGGAAGAGGAGGAGAGGAUAUUGGCAGAGGUUCGGAAACUACAGAGUGCUGGGGCGAAGUUGCCUCCGGAACUCAAGGGGGCAGGGGCUGCUUUUAAAAGAAUGAAGAGUAAUAGUAGUAAUAGUAAUAAUAAUAAUAAUAAUAAUAAUAAUAAUAAUAAUAAUAUAGGGGGAGGAGGAGGAGGAGGAGGAAAAUCUACGCGAUCGGGCGUUAUAGGUAGAGGAGGAGGAGGAGGAGGAGCAGCAGCAGAGGAGCAAAACAGUGGAGGUGCAGGUGCGCCUCCAGCAGGGAUAACAAUUGAUCAUCUACACAAGUUAAACCCCAAGAAUGUUUCGGCCUGGAGUAUGAAGAGGUUGGUGAAAAUAAUAAGGCACGGGGUACUGUCUACCCUGGAUGAGCAAAUACGUUGUAGCGCACAAGACGACGACUCGGCUCACCAGAUCAGAAGCGAAGUUGAAGCCAAAAUUGCUGCAAGAAAGAUAUUUAGAAAUGUGGCGAAGCCAAAGUCCAAUUUCAUCUUCUUGAACGACCUGAGGCGCUUCUUGCCAGAAACGGAGGCUGUGCAGGUUAUGAAUGUUCUGGAUGGAUCACCCAACUGCGAAAGGAUCAGCAAAGCAAGCCUUAAAAACUGGGUGGUGAACGCAUUCAGAGAAAGAAGAGCACUGGCCUUGACGCUGGACGACACUAAAACAGCUGUGAAGAAACUACACCAGAUGAUUACGGUGUUAGUGUGCAUCAUCAUUAUUCUCAUCUGCCUGGUAAUACUUGGGUUCGCCACCGGCAGGGUUCUACUUUACAUAAGCUCUCAGGUUGUGAUUGUGGCAUUUAUAUUUGGGAACACGUGCAAGACAAUAUUCGAAGCCAUAAUCUUCUUAUUCGUGGUGCAUCCAUUCGACGUUGGGGAUCGGUGCGAGGUGGACGGAGUUGAGCUGGUAGUGGAAGAAAUGAACAUCUUAAGCACGGUGUUCCUGAGAGUUGACAACCAGAAGAUAGUGUACCCCAACAGCAUUCUAGCAAUGCGGCCGAUCGGGAACUUCUACAGGAGUCCAGACAUGGGAGAUACGGUGGAUUUCCUAGUCCACAUGGCGACGCCGAUGGAGAAGAUAAAAGCGGUGAAUCAGAGAAUAGUGAACUAUGUGGAGAGCAAGAAGGAGCACUGGUACUCGUCGCCGAUGAUUGUAAUGAAUAACAUACCGGAUGUUCACAAGUUGAAAAUGUCGGUGUGGCUGAGACACAGAAUGAACUACCAGGACACGGGAGAAAGAUGGACGCGAAGAUCUCAGGUGAUUGAAGAGAUGGUUAAAAUAUUCAAGGAGCUGGACAUGGAGUACCGCCUUUAUCCCAUGGACAUUAAUGUUCGGGCUAUGCCUCCCAUUCAGUCCACCCGACUACCGCCUAAAUGGCAACCUCCCAUCAAUCCUAAUCCCAUCGUGCCCAUGGCCUCCGAUGCCGCAUUGCACGCCUCCCCCUCCACUUCAAUUAAUUACAGUAAUUCAUUAUAACCUCCUACUAACUUCAUUAUUAACACUCCCCUCUCUCACCCAAUCUAUUAUACUUACAUAAUACCAAAUACCUUCCAUCUACUUCAAUCUACAUCCAUAUCACGUGUAACUAACGUAACUACAUCAGUCUAUAUAUAUAUUAUAUAUACAUAUGCUAUAUAUGCAGAUCGAUCAGAUGUACUAAUACCAACCAACAAUUUUUUAAUAUCUAUCUAUCUAUCUAUAUAGUAUUAAUUAAUGUACUAAUAGUUACAUUUUGUAGCAAGGUAAGGUAUUUAUCAUAAUCAACAUAAAAUUUUGUAAUUAAUUAA